CACAGGAUCACACAUAGAGCUGUUGUUCAGACUGGGGUCCUGAGAGUGGGGUUCAGAGUCCCAUCUGACAGAAAGCUUUCUGCAUUCUCAGGGACGUGCCUGGAGUGGACAAAUCAUGCUGAUUGUGUGGAAGACAAACCCAGCGCUGCUCCCAAGAUGAAGGCAGAGAGGGAGGCAUCAUCCAAAGAGACAGCUGUACCUUCAGUGUAUCUUCUGCUAUGCUUUUUCAUCUUUUCCUUGGCAGAUGUAGUUGGGGUAAACAUCAGCAGUCCAUCUCCUUUAGUUCGAGGUACACUAGGAAGCUCCGCCCUACUCUCUGUGACCUAUACCAGUACCAGCUCCGACCAGCCUGUCAUUAAGUGGCAGCUGAAAAGGGACAAACCUGUCACUGUAGUUCAGUCGAUUGGCACAGACAUCAUUGGAAACCUGAGGCCAGAGUACCGUGGCCGAAUCCUCCUGUUUGAGAAUGGAUCCCUCCUUCUCCAUCAGCUACAGCUCUCUGAUGAGGGGGCCUACGAGGUGGAGAUCUCCAUCACUGAUGAUACCUUCACUGGUGAACGAUACUUAAACCUCACCGUAGAUGUUCCAGUGUCCAGGCCUUUUGUGCACAUGGUGGCAUCAUCCGUUUUGGAGUUGACUGAACUCUUUAUACUUAACUGCACUCACGACAGUGGCACCAAACCCACCUAUAGUUGGCUGAAAGGUGGGAAAUCUUUGACCAAUGACUCACAUCUCCUCCUGUCACAUGACCAGAAGGUCCUGACCAUCUCCCGUGUUGUGAUGUCAGAUGAUGACAUCUACAGCUGCAGGGUGGAGAAUCCCAUCAGCAGUAUGAAGAGUCUGCCUGUCAAACUCACUGUCUACAGACGGAGUUCUCUCUAUAUCAUCCUCUCCAUGGGAGGCAUUUUCUUACUCAUCACCUUGGUGACAGUGUGUGCCUGUUGGAAGCCCUCCAGAAAAAAAAGGGAACAGCUUGCCAGACAGAGCGGACAAAAUUUAGCAGAGCAAAGCAAUGGCAAUCAUGAGGUUGAUAUUGUGCCUUCAAGAGGUUACCAUAAUCAUCGGAACCCAGGGGGACUAUAUGUUCUCAAUGAAACAGAUUUCCCUGAGGGACCAGAUGAGUCUUCCUGUAAUUUUAUCAACCCUAUUGAUCCCCUCAGCCCACCCUGUUAUCCCAGCAUGGAACCACUUUCAGCACACUCUCCCGAUGCUUAUAUGCACUCCGGAAGAAGAUACCCCCGCACCCCUGUACCCUCUCCUCCUUUAACCUCUCAUCCUAUGUUCUCUCCACCCCUCUCUUGUCCCCUACACCUGGGCAGCUUAACACGCAAGCCGCACCCUCCAAGAGUAAGCCCCUCCCCUCCACAUGUAAGAAGAACUUCCUGUUGAACAGAAAAACAAUAUGCACCACCACAGAUCAACGUGAUUUGCAAGAUGGAAACACAUGGAGAGCAUUGAAUGUAAAAUCCCCAGAAUGAGAGUAUGUUUGUGUAUAUGGGGAAAUGAGUUAUUUUAACAUCUUUUGUAAAUGUUAGUGGUUUUUUGUUUUUGUUUUUUAAAGAACAUAGUUGAAUGAAUUAUGUAAAAGACCACAUGUUACAGAUCUCUAGUUGUAAAGUAAAGAACUGGAUGGAUUAACUGUUUUGUAUACUAAUAGUAAAAUAGUAAAAUGUAAUUUAAUUUUAUCAUUCAGAUGUUUUCUUUAAAGCAAUAGCAUACACUGAAAAAUAUAUAAAAAAAAAUAUGCAAUUCAAUUGCAGUUAUAAUUCUAUAUUAGACCAACUUGUCAUUAUUGGAAAAUCUGGAUAAAAUACACCUGUA